AUGGAUCCCAUUAAGUAUCUUUUUGAGAAACCCACGUUGAUGGGGAGAUUAGCACGUUGGUUAUUGCUCUUAGCGGAGUUCGACAUUGUGUAUGUCAUCCAGAAGUCCAUCAAGGGUAGUGUCAUCACUGAACACCUAUCCGCAUAUCCAAUUGUUGAUACGAGGCCUUUGAAUGACAUAUUUCCAGAUGAAGAUGUAGUUUCUGUUGAGGUUGAAAAUGAGGUUGGCAUUUGGCAAAUGUUCUUUAAUGGAGCCGUCAAUCACAAAGAUUGUGGAGCCGAAGUUCUACUUAUAACUCCUGAAGUGUUAAACAUGCCCAUGGCAUAUAGGUUGGACUUUGAGUGCACCAACAACAUGGCCGAGUAUGAAGCUUGCCUCAUGGGAUUGAAAGCAGCCAUCUCUAUUGGGGUCAAAAGAUUGGAAGUAUAUGGAGAUUCAUCGAUUGUCAUAUACCAAGUCCAAGGUAAGUGGAAAACAAAGGAGGAAAAGUUAAAACCAUACCAAGGGUGUGUAGAGUCUCUAAUGAAGCAGUUCACAGAAAUUAGUUUUGACAAUUUCCAAAGGGACAAUAACAGGUUUGCCGAUGCUUUGGAUACUCUCGCAUUGAUUGUUGAUUUUGGUCUGGGUGAGCAAAUACAACCAUUCAUUAUAGAUCAGAAAGAUCAUCCUUCACAUCAAGGCUUCUUCAAUGCCCUAACAGUAGAUGGUAGGCCUUGGUUUGCCCAUGUUGUGGAUUUUAUCAGAGAGGGGAAGUACCCUACACAUGCUACCCAAGGAGAUAGAAGGUUCUUGAGGCGUUAUGCUACCCAGUUCAUAUUACACGAAGAUAUUUCAUACAAGUGA